AUGAGCCGUAACCCAACAGUCGGCUAUGCCGACUUCAAGAAGAACCGCUUGGUCAAGGGCCCCGUGGUCGGCAGGCGCUACAUGUGCAUGAGUGCGUACGGCGAUAUCGAGAAGUCGAACGCCGAGUACAACCGCUCCCGCAACCCUUUCGCGGCCGAGGAGCAGCAGCCAGCGCAGCCCACCAAGAAGACUACGAACAAGAAGAAGGAGGUCCGCACUCGUGGCCGCAAGAAGAAGGCGGCAUCUCCCAAGCGCAAGAAGCGUGCUGACUCUUUCCUCAACGCGCACCCGCUGGAUCAGGCCGAGAGAAACAUCGCCAAAAUGGGCAACAAGAAGGGAGAAGACGACAACGAGGACGAGGCGCCGGCACAUCGUCGCGAGACUCGUGGUCACCUGGCCGCCGAAAUGGAGGAGGUGAAGCAGGCCGAGGCCGCCAGUCUGGCCUGCCAGCCCGUCACCAAGGUCGACGACACUGUCUGGCCACCCUACGGCACCGACGAGUUCCCCCCGACUGAACCCACCUACUGCCUUGGCCUCGCUCGCUUGCCGGCAGAGAUCGCCGACGACUUCAAGGCGGAACUCGCCAAGGACCUGCAGAAAUUCUACCAGCGUCUUCAGUUCUCCAGCGAGCCAGUCCAGGAGUUCGGCCAAGAGCUUGAGGAUGUUGGGGUCGAGUUCAUCAGCAAGGAUGUCGCCGUCGCUAAGCAGGUCAAGGACGCUAUCAACGGCGUCGAGGUGCUGGGAAAGAAAGUGCAGCCCGUUCCUUAUAUCUAUGCUGUCAUGAUUGAAAACCAGUGGCCCCUGACCAGUGAUGUCUCGUGCGUGAAGGCUUAUUCAGACAUUCACUUACCGUGGCGCUGGCACACGCACAAUGAACCUUGUUCGAAUUCGCUCACAAACAAGCAGGCAGACCUCAUCGCACCUCACCUUUCCUCAAGGCAGACCUCCCACCCUUCAGCAAUGCAAGCCCUCCAGGAACCAGAUAGCGGCCCGCCCGAGCGUCCUGGCUGGGAACCAUUGUUCCCAUUCCGCCCUGUCGAGCGAGCAGAACGAGAAAUCAGCGGCGACCCAACUGUCCUGCUGAACAGCGACAGUAACGUCAGUGUGCAGCUGAGCGGCCGCAGGGAAAUCGAAGAUGCGUCUGAGAAGGAGGACGAUUCGUUCGACAUUCACGUGAGGAUGUUGGCUCAGAUGGUGAGGAGGGGGCCGCCGGCCAUCACCUUCCGAGUCCGUCCAUCGACGACCCUCUGGCAGAUCAAGAAGAUGAUCGAGGAGCGCGAGGGUCUUCGGGCGACGAUGUUGACGCUGAGGUAUAAUGGACGGUAUCUCGGUGGCGAGGAUACUCACCAUAAGCCGCUUUCCGCCGUAACUUAUCCCCAACCCACCCCACAUGCUUCCACGUUGACAUAUCCGCAGUUCAGCUUCCCAAAAGACACCGGCGCCAUCGAAGCCCGCACGUGCUUCCCACCCAUCGUCCGCCCCACGGACCGCAUCCUCGUCAUCUUCCACUCCGAGGCGCUCCAAGGCGAUACGGUCGAUGUGGAGGACGAUCAGUGGACGGGUGGGUAUGCUGACGCGCUUGAGAGGAGGUUGUUGAGUGGUCGUGGGAGGUCUGAGACGAUUGAGGUUGUGUUCCAUCCGGCGAAGCAGUUUGUGUGGCGGUGGAUUGCGGAGAUGAGGACGAUUGAUUUUAAGGGGCCGAGUAGGCAUUGA